ACGUAAUGGGCCGCUUCAAAUAGGUUUAUUGCUUCGGCCCAAAAUACGAUAAAUCUAGCCUGGGCUACAUGAAUCCUAGUAAUUUAUUGAAUAAAUAGAGUUGUCGCUGACCAUAUAGUCCACAACAUCUUUCACUACAUUACAUGUGUCGCGAUUGAUUCCCCUUUCUCGAGCAAUCCGCUCGUUGACAGAAUGUCUUGAUGUGUGCGUCUAGUUGUUGGCAUAUGUCAUUUUGACAUAAAUCUUUUUGGUUCUAAAAAAAAAAGAGUUUGAUAAAGUUCAAUUGGCUGAUAUAAAUUUCUAGAUUUAGAGAUUUAUCGACAUCAAGUUCGUAAAAGGUAAACAUCUCCCUCCUGUUUUGUAAUUUAUUAUUAAAUAAAGAAAAAUAUGAUGAUGUACUGUUAGAUUUCCUAGCGUACUGGUUUGCAGUUUAUUGCUGCAAACUGCACGAGUUCGAACCCCCACUCUACAACUUUCCACCAAUGAAUGAAUAAAGAUCUAGGGUUUUUGUCUCAGGACUCCCCGAAGCACAGCCGUCCACAUGAGAUCAAUGUCAAAGCGCAACCGUCCUAUGGCGGCGACGGCGAUCCCUCCUCCGUCCACGGCGUCAACGGAAUCCGAGUACGCCUUCACUAUAACCAGAACAGCGGUUGCGCAGAUCUGCAGUUCAAUCGGAUUCGCAGCGGCGGAAGCUCCCGCACUCGAAAUCCUAUCCGACAUCGCCACCAGGUACCUGAGAACAAUCGCUAAGUCCGCCGCCGACUCAGCCAACUCAGCGUGCCGUACCCAGUCAAAUCUCAUCGACACAAUCGCCGCCGUGGAUGAGCUGAGCUCCGUGAAAGGAUUCCCUGGAGCUUGGAGAGCCAGCGGAUGCUUUCUCAACUCCGGCGCGUUAAAGGAACUCGUUACAUUUCCGAAGAAAUCAAAAGAAAUUCCAUUCGCAAAACCGUUGCCUUCGAAAAUAUUUUCAGUAGGAGGAAGCAGAAAAGGUUUGAGAAAUGUAGGUAGUCGUAAUAAUGAGUAUAUCGGAGGAGAGAAGAAGAAGCAUAUACCGAAAUGGUUACCAGUAAUGCCGGUGAUUGAGAAUCACGAGGAGAAAAUUGUUGAGAAGAGAAGAAGGGAACUUUGGGGAUAUUGUGGUAAAACAGAGAAGGAGGAGGAAAAAAAUGAUAGUGGUAGGGAGGAGGAGGAAAGCAAAGGAAUUGAAUUGGCAUUGAAGAGAAGAGGAGGGAAAGUCAGGUUUAAGAUUGGUGGUGAGUUAGGGGUUUGUAGAAGAAGGGGUGGAAUAGGGAAGAGAGUUUUAUGUGAGAAUUGGAAUUUUGCUGAUGAAAAAUCAUCAAAACAAGAACAAGAGCAGAUUGAUGAGGUAAUAGUAUGAAGAAACAAGAGGGGUUGCUAACUAUACUUAAAACUUGUAUUUUUGGGGUUUUGAAGUUAGCAGGAAUUGAACCCCUGACGUGUUGGUCGAUAAAUUUAAGACCUUUUUCUUCAUUUGAAGACCAUCUUCACUCCGGACUAAAAUGGAGAAGGCGACAUCUAGUAAUGUAUUAAUUAUGUUCCUAUGUUAAGGUGGUCAUGAGUUUCACUAGUUAAUGUAACAAAUACAAUCCAGAUUUUCAGUUUAAACAUGUUCAUUUAUUUUUAUCUGAAUGGAAUGAGAUUAGUGAUGUUUU